AUGAAAGACCUGGACCGCAUCGAUAAAUCCUUUCAAGAUGCCUUCAAUGAGCUGGCGAAAGUGAAGGCCGAGCUAAUGAUUUGCGAAUCGGAAACGAUGACCCCCGAGCUUCUCAGAUUGCCAUUGUGCCUGCAGAAGGUGAUCAGUGCCAAGGACACCAUCAAGAAGCCGUUGGUGCUCCUGGAGCUGAAGAAGAGUCUCAAGCGACCGAGCGAUCACCAGCAAGCGGAGCCCAAGAAAAAUCCACGCAAGAAGAAGUGA